AUGUCUCACACCGGCACGAAGCAGCCUCCAACCCUCCUCGCCGUCUCCACCUCGCCACGCAAAGAAGUUCAAAAGUUCGGCGUCAGCUGCUCGACGCUCGCCGUCUCCACCUCACCUCACCACGGCUGCUCGGCUCUUUCUAUCGAACCACGACCUAGCACAAGCACCGCAUUGGCGCAUCCUCCUCAAAGACCUGACCUGUCGUCGUCGCGGUGGCCGGCGCAUGGUGUGACAAGUUCCAACUCGUCGUCAUCGCCCAUUGGAGCUUCCAUGAUGCUAAAUUGA